GCGCUUGACCGUUACUGAGUUGGGGCUGGGGCAGUAGUCUCUAAACUUGUGCCUGUGUAUGCUCCUGGACUAUGCAGUGCUGAGGCAGGAAAAGGAAGAAGGGGAGGAGGAGACCUUGACUGCCACAGCAUACCAGAGUCCGUCACUUCACAGUCUCACACGGAAACCAGAUGGAGACAUUUAUACCCAUCGACCUGACAGUUCAGAAGCCGAAUGUGAACAGAAAGGAUCACAAGUCAAGAAGAAGACGUUCAAUACAUAAAGGCCGACAGUGCAUACAUGGCAGAUCAGCUAUGGCUGUGGGGAAGAAAAUACCCUCCGAGUCCUCAAGUUCAGAGGGGACGGAAGAUGACCAAGAUUACCGUCCAGGUUAUCUUGAACAAAAGUUCAGUCCACAAUGUGUAGGGGUUUCAAAACCAUUUUUCCCCGAUAUAAGGAAUGCAAAAGUGAAGCCGGAGCAGACUGCCCAUACAACCAGGAAGAGGUCCCGAAUUCAGCCGUAUGACAGAGCAGAACCAGAAGAGGCUGACGCCAUAAAACAUAUUUUUAGGCUUAGAGAAAAGCUUGGAUGGGAAACUCCAUCAUUUCUUCGCUCUCUGAAGUACCACCCUAAGACUGUGCUUCCAAGGUGCAGCCUAAAGGAAUGCUUGAAAGAUGAUGGUGAAUUCAUAUACUGCCUUCCUAUGGAGAACGACAGAGGCAUGUUCAAUGAGUAUGACCUCCAAGCAGUCUCUGCCCACAGAGCGAAAAGCUGCAAAGAGUUUUGGAUGGUCACUGCUUCAUUUGUCUCGAAGAUCACUAAAACAGGCCUCAACAUGGAGGAUGUGGAGCUUAUGCCUACGAUGGACUGGCUCUAUGAAAGACAUUACUUCUACUUACUGCAGAAGUUUAAGAUAUUUUACAACUUCCGGCUAAAUAAAGCCUUUGUUACUUGGAAACUGAAUGUUAAAAGACGUAAGACAGAGACUAGCAGAUCAUACCUGUACAACCAUCUUUUUUGUGCUGAUGAGUUAUUUCAAACUUCUUUGCUUUAUGUGAGAGGACUCUGUGAAGAUGCCCUCACUCUCAAAAAGAAAAAUAAAGACAAUUCGUCCACCAUCUGCCUUAUCAAGGUGGACACUUCCCGAACACACGUUCUGGAAAAGUUUUGUGAAGAGCAGUUACAGCAAGCCACCCAGGCGGUGGCACAACUCGAGGAGAUCAGGAGUAAAGCAAUUGUAGAGAUAAAGAAGUCAGCCUUAAAGGUUGCAGAAAAGAAAAAUGUUAAGGAAUACUUUGAGUCAAAACCGUCUGAAAUCAACACAACACAUUUUAAGCUGCCCCAGUAUCGAAAUCUAUUAGAAACCAAUCUGAGGUUUUUAAAGCUGAUUGACUACCUGUUUCAAGAACUCAUUCGCCAGCUCAUGAACUCUGCCCUCACCCAACUUCUGGAUCUCUUCACUGGUUCUGCUAGGAUGCCAUUUUCAAAGGAAAAAAAGAAUGAAAGUCUCAUGAGGACAUUUAGAGACAGGAAGAUCUUUUCUAGGAAGGAAUCAGACGAUGAUGAAUUUGUUCUUUCAAGUUUAACUGCUCCUUCUUUUCAAAGCUCACAACCAAAACUAGACACCGAUGUUAAAGAGACUUUUAACAGUCAUCGUGUGGCAAUGGAUUUGAAGAAAACCUAUGCUCCAAUAUUUGAGAUCAGCCUCUGUCUGAGACUUCCCACUAUGAAUGACUCUCCAGAGGACCUGGAAGGGAAUAAUCAGAAGUCUGAGAACUGUGAAGAGUCUCUGGUGUGUGAUGAGGAGGAACUGGAGAACCGAAAAAGAACUUCAAGUGAAGCCAUGCUCAGCCAGUACAACCAGCCGAGCAAGUUUGGCACCCUCCUGAAACGCAUCCUUUCAGACUCAGGACUCCAGCUUGAGUCUGAUCAAGAACGCUUCUAUAAUAAAUUUUUUGAAUUCCCAACAAACCUCUUUAUGGAACCCAACAGACUGGACUUUUCGACACAAUUCCAAAAUAUGAUAGCAACUAUAGAAAAGUAUGUCACCACAAUCAUCCCUUUGCACCAAGAUCCUCGCCUGUCUAUCCUUGUUGAUUUGGUUUCAGUUCCGGAUUUAUCUAAUGAGACAAAAACAAAAAGUGUAGUCAAAUAUAAGAAGCAGACCCGAUGGCCAGAUUUCUAUAUCCUCUUUGACACAGACACUGACUACCAGAACAAAAUUGUGACUCUGCUGACUAUUAUUGGUAAUUCAGUGGGCUUGGUUAGCGACUACAGCUGCAGGUUUCUGAAAUAUUGUUACAUAGUAGAAAAGGCCAAAGUCAUGACUACAAAACUGCCAUUCAUGACGAACUUGACAUCCAUCGAGUUUAAAAGAAUAAUACAUAAAUUCAGAAGCUACCUAAAGCAAAUCGUGACCAUGACUAUUGAGAUACGUAUUGGAAUUUUUUAUGUGAAUAGUCUGGAUUAUCAAUUAGCAUGCUUACCAUAUGUUGAUGGCAUCAUACAAAUGAGCUACAACCUGUUACAAUGUACCAUUGAGGAAAAAAGUGCAAAUCUAUUAGAAACUUUAGACUCGUUGCUGCACCAACUGGACACUGAGCCCGUGGAACUGGAAGAAUUUGUGGAGCAUUUGAAUUUUUUGGAUGACAUUUUCUCGAGCUUGACUGAAAUAGAAAAGGAUUUCUGCACAAUUUCUGAGCUGUAUUCCAUUGUGAGGCAUUACCAGAUCAAUGUGUCAGAAGAGCAGAUCGCCAUCUACAAAAUCAUCUUCAUGAAGUUCAAUCAUCUAAAAACAUCCAUGAAGUUUGUCGCCAUGAAUAGAGAAACCAGUCUCACUAAAUUCAAGAACGGUUUGGAAGCAUAUAUUGUCAGCCUACGAGUGGAUGUCAGUAACUUAAAAGAUAAGAUAAGAACUCCUCUCCUGCUGGCCGCCAGUACUCCAAUACCAAAAGCCAAGGAAAUCGUGCAGUCUCUCGAAGCAGAAGCUGAAAGCUUGACUCUAAAAGUGAAAACCUACUCAAACUACCAGAACUACUAUGAUCAAGCCUAUUUCCGUAUGAAUGCUAUCAACACGAACGAGAUGAGUCAUAUAGUGUUGUCAGAAAUCUCCGAAAUUGAGUGUGACCUGAUGCUGAGGAAAUUAUUAUGGGAAGCGCAAGAAGAGUGGGGGAAAUAUUUCUGGGAAUGGAGGAACUGUACUCUCCAAAGCAUUGAUAUCGAUUUAGUGAAGAACAACGUCUCCAAGUGGCUGCAUAUAAUCAUUGUACUGGAAAAAGGCUUACCUAAGAACGAUAUGGUACCCCUGCUCAAACAGUCAGUGUUAGACUUCAGACAAGAGCUGCCAAUCAUCACAGCCCUGGGAAACGCCUGCCUCAAGGCUCGACACUGGGAGACUCUGCAAGGCAUCACUGGAAGGUCAACCUCUCUCAAUAAAAACCUCUCCAUAGAGAAGCUUCUAGCUCUCAAGCUGUUUCCAUAUGAACGGAAAAUAAAUGAAAUAUCAAUCUCGGCAACUAACGAAGCUGCUCUUGAAAAAAUGCUGUUUAAGAUCAUCGAUCUCUGGAACACGACUCCCUUGCACCUGGUCCCUCAUCUCACAGAGGGCCGUUCCAUCCUCAUCAUCUCCUCCACUGACGACUUGAUAACCCAGCUGGAAGACUCCCAGGCCAUCCUUGCAUCAAUCAAAGGAUCGUCCUACCUCAGGCCAAUUAAGCAACUUGUGAUUAAAUGGAAUCAAAACUUAACCCUCUUCUCUCAGACCAUUGACGAAUGGGUGACCUGUCAAAGAACUUGGCUUUCUCUUGAACCAAUCUUUCAGUCUUUAGAAAUACAAAAACAGCUUGCAGCGGAAGCCAAACUCUUCUCCCAGGUGCUCGUCAUGUGGAAAGAAAUAAUGUCUCGGGUACUGAACAAGCUCAACGCCCUACAUAUAACCAUCAGCACGGGGAUUCUCGGCGUUCUGAAGAGUUGCAACAGCCAUCUUGAAAGCAUAAAGAAGAGUCUUGAGGAAUACCUUGAACUUAAAAGAAUGAGUUUCCCGCGAUUUUUCUUCCUCAGCAACGAUGAACUUCUUGAUAUUCUAGCUAACAGCAAAAAUCCCGAAUCCGUGCAGCCUCAUCUUGUGAAAUGUUUUGAAAACAUCAGACGCAUUCUACUGUGGAAACAGGACGUCGGCCCUCCCUCAGUGAAGAUGCUCAUCUCUGCCGAAGGGGAAGGCCUGGUGAUGCCCAAGAAAAUCCGUGUAAGAGCUUCUGUAGAACAGUGGAUGGUAAAUGUAGAGAAAAGCAUGUUUGAUGUGCUGAAGAAAUUUAUAAUUCAAGGUAUUGAAGACUGGAAAUACCAUACUUUUUCCGACUGGGUCAUGUCACAUCCCGGGCAAGUGGUCAUCACUGUGAUCCAGAUUAUGUUUUAUAAUGACUGUUUGAAAGGUUUUAUGAGUUAUAAUCCAAGAGAAAUUCUAGAGGCAGUCCAAGCCCGUUUGCUGCGUCAUCUGGAAGAUAUUGCGGUGCUGGUCACACUGAAUACUAGCAACCAGCGCACGAAAACCAUGCUGGCAGCAACACUGAUCAUCUGUGUCCACUGCAGAGACAUCAUGUCGGAUGUGCUAGUUAAGAAGAUCUUCAGCAUCCAGGACUUUGAGUGGACCAGACAUUUGCGGUAUAAAUGGAAUGGGAAGCAGAAACUGUGUUACGUUCUUCAAGCAAACACCAGCUUUGUUUAUGGCUAUGAGUACUUGGGUUGUGCUCCGAGGCUGGUCAUCACUCCCCUCACAGAAAGAUGCUGGCUCUCUCUCUCUGAGGCACUGUACUUCAACCUGGGAGGCUGCACUGCUGGGCCUGCAGGUACAGGAAAAACUGAGACUGUUAAGGACCUAGCAAAAAGCUUUGGUAAACAUUGUGUGGUCUUCAACUGUUUUGAAGAUUUGGAUUAUAAGAUCAUUGGGAAAUUAUUUUUUGGAUUGGUGCAGUCUGGAGCUUGGUGCUGUUUUGAUGAAUUCAACCGAAUCAGUAUAGAAGUCCUCUCAGUCAUUGCCUCGCAGAUCCUGGCAAUCAAGAUUGCCAAAAGCAGCUAUUCUGUCAGGUUCGUACUGGAUGGUAGAGAAAUACGGAUCAAUAUGUCGUGUGCAGUGCUUAUCACCAUCAAUCCUGGAACUACAGGUCGGGUUGAAAUCCCAGAUAACUUAAAAUAUCUGUUCCGCUUAGUGUCGAUAAUGGUGCCCCACUAUAAAAUGAUCACUGAAGUAAUUCUGUUUUCAUAUGGCUUCAAAUCUUCACGAUCACUGUCUGGAAAGAUAGUUCACCUUUAUGAUUUAGCUGACAAGCAGCUCUCAAAACAGGAACAUUAUGAUUUUGGCUUGAGGACCUUGAAGACAGUUCUAAUAAUGACAGAAAAGAAGAUACUGGAGCAUAAAUGUGGUAGGGGCGAGCACCUCUCUGAGUUAGACGAGUCCCUCAUCCUCAUCGAGGCCAUCCGAGAAGCCAGUUUGUCCAAGCUCCUUCCGGAAGAUGUCCUACCUUUUGAAAAGAUCAUAGAAGAUGUUUUUCCUAGAAUAACGGUUUCAAAAAUAAAUCACCUUACCUUGGAGAAAGCAAUAUCUACUGCAACAGAACAAUUAGGCUUUCAACAUUGGCCAUCUCAGAAAGAAAAGAUCAUACAGUUUUAUCAGCAGCUUCAGGUUUGUGUUGGCGUGAUUCUAGUGGGCCCAACAGGAGGAGGAAAGACGACAGUCCGGAAAAUUUUAGAGAAAGCAUUGGUAACACUUCCGGUUACUUCUGCCAUGCUUAUGAAAGAAAGGCAAUCUGACUCAAAGUCUACAGGGAAAAAAGGAAAAGUCGAUGUUUGUGUUUUGAAUCCAAAAUGUAUCACUCUCAGUGAACUGUAUGGACAGCUGAACAUUAACACCAUGGAAUGGAACGAUGGGUUACUAUCGGCAGCAAUUCGAAAUUAUGUCCAUAUGAACACUGCAGAUUACUCUAAGAUAGACAAUGAUUUUGAAAUGUCAGGAAUCACAGACUUAUCUAAUAUUUUCCAAGUUGGUUUCUCUACGAUAGCGGAUAUGGAUAACAACAUUUUUAUGGGUGAACUAGAGAAAAGUUUUAAAACUCCAGAAAUUCAUGAUUUUGAUUGGCAAUGGAUUGUUUUAGAUGGCCCAAUUGACAGCCUAUGGAUAGAAAAUCUAAACACUGUGCUUGAUGAAACUAGAACACUGUGCCUGGCAAACAGCGAAAGGAUUAGCCUGACUAACAAGAUCAGAAUUGUUUUUGAGGCAGACUCUCUCUUUGACGCCACCCCCUCUGUCAUCACCCGGUGUGCUAUGGUGUACAUGGACCCUGUUGAUCUGGGAUGGGAGCCUUACAUGAAGUCAUGGCUUCUAAAAAGUUCAAAAAGUAUAAGUCAACAAGGAAUUCAGUGUCUUGAAAUGAUGAUUAAUAGAAGUGUUACAAAAGGGAUGAAAUUUCUGAAAAAGCAUAGAAAGUUUCUACCAUAUCCCAUACAGGACGUGACAGUCGUCAUUACUCUGUGCAGGAUUCUAGAUGCCUUUUUUGAAUUCAUGCAUAUAAAACAAGGAACUCCAAAAAGUCAUGAAGCAAUGGACAGUGAGUCCCCUACAGAGACAAAGGUGAAAGUGAAGUUCAAGGAGGAAACGAGCCACCACAAGGAUGAGGGGUCAUGGUUCCUUGAGAGAAACCCUGAGAAGCUUCCAAUGAUGAUCCAAAAGAUCUUUGUUUUUGCAUUCACAUGGGCAUUUGGAGGGAUUUUAAAGCGUGAAGACCAACAUGAAGAAGACAUACUGUUCCGUAAAAGCUUUGAACAUGACUCCCUUGCAGAAGUAAACUACAAUUUUGACAUCUUUGUCCGUGAAGUAUUUGAAGAUGAUUCAGAAAGAGACACUGGCAUCAGCUUACCUGGUAGCGAGCGGUCUGUAUUUGGGUAUUUUGUGGACGUACAGCAAUGCGAGUUUAUGCCUUGGUCAGAUUUAGUUCCUACUGCUCACACCCUAAUUCAAAAAGAGACGUCGCUGCUGACUGACUUCCAGGGAUCUAGUGAGAACGUGCUGAGGAUGAACGAGUAUGGGGAGUGCGUGAACUACAUGGCUACGAGAGACACCAUCUGCCUCUCUUUCCUCAUGAGCCUUUUCCUCAGGAACUCCUACCCUGUACUUCUCACGGGCGACUGUGGUGUUGGGAAGAGUGUGGCCAUCAACAAGAUGCUUGAGAAGCUCGAAGGCCGAGGAACACUCAAUAUCAAAUAUGGGUCAAUUUUAGGAAAAGUCCUGUUACAUAAUGAUAUUAAAAGAUCAAGCCUCAGGCAGAAUAUCAACAUCUUGAUUGGUGAUCCCACCAAAAUAAUUGGAGCAGGCCUUGAGCAGAGUGCAAAGAAAGAAGAGGCUAAAGCUAAUGACAGCACUGUUAUAAAUGAUAAAGGAAUUAUAGUCUCCACAAUAAAUUUUACCAGCACCAUGACAGCCGCCAAAACCAAGGAGCUGCUUCUGCGGAAGUUAGUAAGAAGAACCAAAGACAUUCUGGGAGCACCAAAGAACAACAGAAUUGUCGUAUUUAUUGAUGACUUGAAUAUGCCGAUAGUAGACGCAUGUGGAACACAGCCACCCCUGGAGUUGAUCAGACAGUUAUUAGAUAUGGGAGGUGUUUAUGACACUGAAAGGAACAUGUGGAAGAGUAUUCAGGAUCUCUCUCUAAUCGCUGCUUAUACCUCUUCUGUCAGUGGGAAGGAGAUCAGCCCCCGUCUCCUCAAACACUUCUCCACGCUGGUGUUGCCUCAUCCUCCACAGAGUGCCCUAUGUACGGUAUUUCAGGCUCACUUGGGAAUGUAUUUCUCCAUCAAUAACUUCGUGAAUGAGGUUCAGAAAUGCAGAGAUGAGAUUGUGCACUGCUCCCUGGCAAUAUAUUAUGAAGUCUGUAAGAAACUGUUGCCAACGCCAACCAAAUGCCACUAUAUAUUUAAUCCCAGAGACAUAUUUAAGCUUCUGCUAGGAUUGAUGCAGGCAGAUAAGAACAUAAUUAACUCCAAAGAGAUGGCAGCUCUGCUCCUAGUUCACGAAGCCAGCCGCGUGUUUCAUGAUCGUUUGACUGAUCAAAGCGAGAAAAGCCUUUUCUACCAGAUUCUGUCAACAGAACUCCAGAAUCAUCUACAGAUUUACUGGAGUCACGAGAGACUGAUGAACAAGCCAGUCCUAUUUGUGGACUUCAUGGAUAUAAACAAGCCUCACCGGAAAAGGGUCUACCAGAACACCGAUAACUACAAUGAACUUUUGAGCAUCCUUACCAAAUUCCAACAGAAGUUGAGUUCAUCAUCUCUGGAGAUGUCUCAUUCAGUUGUAUUCUUCAAGGAAGCUAUAGAUCAUAUUACAAGAACUACCAGAGCCCUUCGACAGUCAGGGAGUCACAUGUUACUGCUGGGAAUUGACGGCUGCGGGAAGGAAACAUAUGCAACCAUAGCCUGCUACUUGGCAGAAUACAAAGUAUGCAAAGUGCCUAUCUCUCACAACUACGCCAUCUCAGAGUUCAAAGAAAUGUUUAAAAAGGUGUUUAUUCAAACAGGCUUGGAAGAGACCCCCACGGUUGUCAUGGUGACCAACUUACAAGAAGAGCACGUGUCAUUUCUGGAAGAUUUGAACUACAUUAUCAAUGCAGGAAAGAUUUCUAACAUGUUUGAAAAUGAGGAGCUGGAUUCGAUCGUUAUGAGAGUCGGAACAUUUGCCGAGCAGUUGACUUGCAUAGAAGAUAGAAAAUAUUUACUCUCAUUAUUCCAAAGGAGAGUAUCUAAAAAUCUGCAUAUCUGUAUGAUAAGUGCUACGGGACCUAACUUCCGCCAUAACUGUCGCGUUUACCCCUCCAUGAUCAGUUCCUGCACCAUCGACUGGUUCCAGCGGUGGCCCGAUGAGGCCCUCCUUGUUGUGGCCAGUUCCUAUCUAAAAGAAAAGCUGAAAGUAGAGGACAAAGAGGAUAAAAUAAGAGAGUUUGCCCCAACGUGUGUCGAAAUCCACAAAAGUAUGAAAGAUUUGAGCGCAAAAUACUUUGAAGAAACUGGAAAGCACUAUUACAUCACUCCCAGUUGCUACUUUAAGUUCUUGGAGACAUUUACCCACAGUCUGAGGAUAAGACAAGAAGAGAUGCAGACAAAGAGGAAUCGCUUCUACAUGGGACUUUCCAAGAUUCUGGAAGCAACUGUACUGGUCACAGACAUGCAGGAAGAACUUUUGGUUAUUGGUCCUCAAAUAGAACAAAAAGCAAAGGAGAAGGAGAUCCUGAUGGAAAAGCUGCGGAAAGAUUCGCAAAUAGUCGAAAAGGUUCAGAUGCUUGUGAAGCAGGAUGAGGAGAUCGUGGCUGAACAAGUGAAGAUUGUGGAAGAGUACGCCCAGAAAACUUCCAAUGAACUAAAAAAUGUGCUGCCUUCUUUAGACAAGGCAAUUGUGGCCCUAAAUGCCCUGGAUAAAAGUGAUAUUUCUGAAUUAAGAGUCUACACUCGCCCUCCCUACCUUGUUCUGACGGUCAUGAACGCUGUGUGUAUCCUUCUAGAAAAGAAGCCCAACUGGGCGACAGCAAAGCUGCUGCUUUCAGACACCAGCUUCCUAAAGCGACUAAUUAACAUUGACAAGGACAGCAUCCCUGACAAGGUGUUCUUGAGGCUCAAGAAGAUUUUAAAUCUGCCUGACUUCAACCCCAACAAGAUUGCGAUGGUUUCUGUGGCUUGUUGCUCCAUGUGCCAGUGGGUGAUUGCCUUGAAUAACUACCAUGAAGUACAGAAGGUGGUGCGUCCUAAGCAGGCACAAGUGGCAGAGGCUCAGAACGUCCUUCAGAUUGCAAAGCAGAGGUUGUUGGAAAAGCAAAGAGGUUUACAACUGAUUGAAGAUCAUCUGCAGUUCCUGCACACGUCCUACAGAGACAUUGUUACUGAAAAGCAUCAACUGGCGUCUCGGAAAAAGCUGGCCACCAAGCGCCUCCAGUGCGCAUCCGUCCUGCUGACCGUCCUGGAGGACGAGAAGAUCCGAUGGCAAGAAACGAUCAACGAGAUAGACUGCAAGCUGAAAGGCGUCUGUGGUGACACAUUCCUUUCAUCCGCAUGCCUCGCCUACAUCGGAGUCUUAACGCCAGAGUUCCGAGAGCUGGUGAUUCAGAAAUGGAAAGACUUCUGCACUCGGGCAGAAAUCAUCUUGUCACCCAAUUUUUCCUUAAUUGACGUGAUGGCAGAAAAAAAUGAGAUUCGCCGGUGGCAUAAUCAAGGGCUGCCUCUUGGGCAGCAUUUGGCAGAAAAUGCCAUUUUGAUGAAAAGGACAAAGCAGUGGCCACUGGUGAUCGACCCGCACAAGCAAGCACUCCACUGGAUCCGCCAGAUGGAAGGGCCCAGGCUGCAAGAGAUUUCUGCUCAAGAUAGCAAUUACACCAAAAAACUGGUGAUUGCCAUGCAAGCAGGAGACCCUGUCCUCCUGCAGAAUGUCCCUGAAACAUUCCCUCCCAAUUUGAGGGCAAUGCUAAAGAAGGAUGUUUGCCAGAAAAGAGGGCAAUAUUACAUCAAAAUCGAUGAUACUGAGAUUGAAUUCAAUAAAAAUUUCAGGUUGUACUUAUCUACAGAACUAGAAAACCCCAAUUUUUUUCCAUCCGUUUAUAACUUUGUUACUAUUAUCAACUUCACUGUAACAUUCCAAGGUUUGCAAGAUGAGCUCCUAUCUACAGUAGUAAGUCACGAAGUUCCUCAUUUAGAAAAUCAGCGUGCCCAGUUAUUGGAGAGUAUUUCUCUUGAUGCUAUAACUCUGGAGGAGCUGGAGGAUAAAACAUUGACCUUACUCCAGAAAGCAGAAGGAAGUGUGUUAGAUGAUGAAGAGAUUGUAGAAACCCUGAGAAAAUGCAAAAUGACUUCAAAUGAGAUUUCCAAACGUAUCAAAGAAACGGAAAAGGCGGAAAGCAAAAUUCAAGCAACGCGCAAGAACUACCUCCCUAUCGCCACUAGGGGCGCCCUGCUUUACUUCGUGGUGGCCGGCCUCUCGCAUGUGGAGAAGAUGUACCAGUUCUCCCUGGAGUGGCUCCGGGGGGUUUUUGUUUCCUUUACAGUUUCCAAAACCAAAGAAGAAAAGCAUGAUUGGAAGACAGAUGAGACUUCUCAGGAAAAAGCCGAUGAGGUUUCCCUAAGUUCCUCAGAGCAAGAGAAUCUGGAGAGUGAGAGAAUUCCCUUAGCCGAGAAUAUCAAAAACGCAAUAGAAACGCUGACAAGAAAUGUGUUUAAGGUGGUCUCUUCAGCGCUAUUCAAUGAGCAUAAACUCUGCUUCUCCUUCGCACUUUGCACCACCAUCAUGAGAGGGAAUUCCAGUGACACUCUGAUGGCAGACGACAUAGGAUUUCUACCAGAAGAGGAAUGGAACAUCUUUUUAUAUACCAGCAUUUUGAUAAAUAUUAAAAAUAUACUAUCCAAGCCUAGACUUAAUAGUAUAUUUGAAAUACGGAGAAAUGGCCAUCUCCAGUGGGUACCGGACCUGAGGUGGAGGCAGUGCCAGUAUAUCAGCAAUCAAAUGGAGCCCUUCUCCCUUCUGUGCACGUCCCUCCUGUCCAAUGAGCAGCAGUGGAAUGCCUUCAAGGAUGCUAUGGCCGUGUACUCUCUAAUGAGCAGGCCUUUCUUCUCAGAUGCACCUUUGCCUCAGAAAAAACCCAGAUCAGCAAAGGAAGCUGAACUUCUGGAUGAAAGCGAUGAAAUGUUGGAUCCUGUAACUUUUCCUUGGGAAAAGCUCACUCAAUUUCAAAGGCUUAUCUUGAUUAAAAUUCUUCGACCAGACCGUUUAGAAAAUUCAAUUAAGAAAUUUAUAACUGAAAAAAUGGGAGGUGAAUAUAUCCCUGACACUACAGUUAAUCUGAAAGAGUCGUUUAGCGAGUCUACUGCUCAAACUCCACUGAUCCUCACCCACUCCUACGGGAUUGACCUCAACAAUCUUCUCCUGAGAUUUGCAGAAGAGUUCAAAGGAACGACCCCGAAGGUGACCAUGAUUUCCCUGGGCCCAGACCAAGAAAACAAAGCAGAGGAAAUCAUUUUUAAGGCAGUGAGAAAAGCGCAUCAGUGGGUCUUCCUGCAGAACUGCCACCUCGCGGAAUCCUUCAUGCCAAGGCUCACUGCCAUCAUAGACUCGUUUAGUAGUCCAGAUAUGGUGCUAGAUCCCGACUUUAGGCUUUGGCUAAGCUCAAAAGCAAGUGGUUUUUUUCCAAUUACUAUUCUUCAGAAAAGCGUGAAGAUUGCCGUGGAACCCCCCCAGGGAUUGAAAAGCAAUUUGCUUCAAAUGUUUGGCUAUGGCGGGAGUGGAGAGGUGACAGAAGAGAUGUUUGAAAAGCCUGAUUGUGGACCAUGGUGGAAAAAAAUCCUCUUCAGCAUCUGUCUUUUCAGCGCUGUGCUCAUUGAGAGGAAAGCAUACGGGACACUGGGCUGGAACAUCCCCUACAGAUUCAGUUCCUCGGACCUGGAGGUGUCCUUAAAGGUACUGGGAAAUGUCCUCUCUGGUCGGUCAGAAGUUCCAUGGAAGGAGGUGAACUACCUGAUCUCAGAAGUGACCUUUGGUGGCCGGGUGGUUGAUGAAUGGGACAUGCGGUGCCUGAAGACUCUUUUCGACAAAUUCUGCAAUCCUGAAAUGCUGAAGGAUGACUACAGUUUCUCUAGCAAUGAGAUGUACCAGCCAGUGCCCAGCUCUGCAAGCUUAAAGGACUGCAUCAACAUUAUCCAGUCCUUUCCAGAUGACGACUCUCCAGAAAUAUUAGGAAUCCACCCCGAGGCCACACACACCGGCAGUGAGAUCAAGGCCCAGAAAUACAUUGAAAAUCUCAUCUACAUGCAACCAAAAGAUGCUCCAGGCUACCUCAUGAUCAAGCCCAUGCAGAGCAACGACUCAGUGGUGAUGGAGGUCCUAUCUGACAUAAUGUCGCAGCUGCCCCUGACCGUGGAGAGUGAGGACGUUUCUGAGCCUGGACUCCAGAGCACAUUCAGUUUUAUUGUGUCAAGUCCAAUCUGGGAGAGGCUUCAUGAAAACAUUCAAGGAUAUGAUCCUCUUAUCCACUCUGUCCUGAUACCCUUUCUGAAAAAAGAAAUAGAACGUUUCAAUAAGUUAUUAUCGGUCAUACAUAAAUCCUUAAAGAGUCUUCAACUCGCUAUAAAGGGAGAGAGCAUCCUCACUCCGGACCUGGAGGAGACAUACGACUCUUUCCUUCGGGCCAGAGUGCCCAUGCUGUGGCAGAAGAACGCCUACAAGUCCUGCAAGCCCCUGAGCAUCUGGGUGAGCAACCUCAUCCAGAGGGUGAACUUCUUCAACACCUGGGCCAAAGUGGCCUACACAGCCAUCCACCAUCGGUACAUGUUGUUUAUCACAACCUGGAGACAGCUUGGCCAGAAAUCCAGACAUCCUACUGACUUCAAAACUGAAAUCACUGAUGGGUUCCCUGCACGAUACUGGCUCUCUGCUUUCUUCUCCCCACAAGCCUUUCUUACUGCUAUGCUUCAAGACUAUGGAAGGGCGCAAGGAAUCUCGAUGGACACCCUCACUUUCACUCACAAAGUAAUUUAUAACAUCAGUGUCACUCAAGAGGAUGAUAUCUCCAAACUUCUCCAGAAGAGGCUCAACAUAGUCAGGAGAGCUUUCCAGCAACACCAGGACCACUCUCCCAAAGGAGUUUACAUUUUUGGUUUAUUCAUGGAGGGAGCACGAUGGGAUCCUGAGCAGGAAGUGCUGGAAGACUCACUGCCCAGUCAGCUAUGCUGUGAAUUUCCCGACAUACUCUUUUUGCCAACAAAGAUUACUGAACCGUCGGCCUCCCAGGAUUCUGACCAGACAGCCUCAGACCUGCAAACCUUUGAGUGCCCAGUCUACUACACGCCCGAGAGGUCAAGAAACAUGAUUGGCUUACCAACAACCGUGCUAACCUCAGUGCACUUACCCACGAAGAAACCUCCCAGUCACUGGAUCACCAUGCAGGUUGCACUGCUGUGUGAGAAGAAUGAGUGAAUAAACACCCAGAGCGAACCCA